AUGGCAACUUUAAAGAUAUAAUAAACAAAAACGUUUUGUCCAGCACAGAGGACAUUAUUGCAUAUGUGUUUCUACCUUCCUUGUCGCCAAACGUUUUAUUAUAGCUGUAGAAAAUUCGCAUCAAAGCAACUCUGCUCUAAAGAUACUUGAUCGAUUUUUGAGCCAAUUCAGUCGAAAAUGAUGACGCUGGGUAUCCAACGAGAAUCUCUACAAAAUAAUCCACUUCUUCAAAAAUCGGAGUUAGGAAAGCCUUUGAAACGAUGCUUUAACUUACCACCUGACGACUUCACCUAUGGUCGACCCAACCUUUACAGUGGAAAUGGCACUGCAGAUGCUCUCUGCUCGUGGAAUGUAGUGAAGCCCCGUCGUGUGUCCACAGCUCAGCCAGAAGAACGUGAUUUCGUCAGGUUAAACAAAAUGGCUGUGCAAGCUGGACUAACAUCUGCACCUGAACAAUAUCAAUUUCGAGCUACACAUGAUGUCAAAGUGUCAUCUGGCUCCAAGGAGAGAUCUUUAAAUAAACUAAAAAAAAUACCACCAUCUGCAGUAUUUGGAAUUUCCAGGAGACCGUCGACACCAGUCUUUGACCUACUGGCUCACAAAUAUCAGGAGAAAUGGCUCGAAGAACGCAGAAAGGCUGAGGAAGCGCUUAGAGUUAAACAAGAUCAGAAGAAACAAGUUACUCGUGAGAUCUAUGAGACAAGAGCUUCACUCCUUGAAAACAUGAACCUCAGUAGAAACUACACCAUUUUGGCAUAUGAAAAGAUUUCAAAAGGUAUUACAAAGCUUGAAAGCUUCGAACAAACAGAGCCAGAAGACUUUCAUUCAAGCACCACGAGUCGGACAGCACAUCGAGAAAAGGAGUAUUUGGACAAGGUCUUUAUGAAACAGCCAAGACAUAAGACAGUUCACAAUGACCAAUAAAAACUAAACUGAUUUAUUUGUAAACCUCUCAAUGGACUUGAUAGUAAACAGAACAAAAAUUUCAUUUGUAAAUAAAUUUGCAGUCUUUCAAGCAAAUAAAGACCGACAUACAUAAGUGUA